AUUUCUGGAAAGGGAAUAGGAAGUUGUUUUGUGAGGCAGCCUGACACCAAGGGGAGGCAGCAGCCUGAAAGUAUAAGAAGUGUGGUUUGGCCAGAGGGAAGAAAGCCAGAGGAGUCAGAGGAGAGGACAUGGCCGCCUGCCCAAAAGGUUCUUGGAAGCCAAGACUCUGGAGUGUUGUCCUGGGAGUGGCUCAGCUCAUCUGGUUCAGUGCUUUGAUCUCUGAGCUUGUAAAUCAAAAGGAAGUGGCCGCGUGGACCUACAACUACAGCACGAGGGCAUACUCAUGGAAUAACUCACGGGCAUUCUGCAGGAGGCACUUCACAGACUUAGUGGCCAUCCAGAAUAAGAAUGAAAUCACUCACCUCAAUGAUGUCAUCCCAUUCUUCAACUCUUACUACUGGAUUGGUAUCCGAAAGAUCAACAAUAAGUGGACCUGGGUGGGAACCAAUAAGACUCUCACGGAGGAGGCUGAGAACUGGGCCGACAAUGAGCCCAACAACAAGAGGAACAACCAGGACUGUGUGGAGAUCUACAUCAAGAGUGAUUCGGCCCCUGGCAAGUGGAAUGAUGAACCCUGUUUUAAACGAAAGCGGGCCCUGUGCUACACAGCCUCCUGCCAGGACAUGUCCUGCAGCAACCAAGGAGACUGCAUCGAGACCAUUGGGAGCUACACCUGCUCCUGCUACCCCGGCUUCUAUGGGCUGGAGUGUGAAUACGUCAAGGAGUGUGGAAAAUUCGACAUCCCGCAGCAUGUUCUCAUGAACUGCAGCCAUCCUCUGGGGGACUUCUCCUUCAACUCACAGUGCACCUUCAGCUGUGCUGAGGGCUAUGAGCUGAGUGGACCCAGCGAGCUGCAAUGUCUGGCUUCUGGAAUCUGGACAAAUAACCCCCCUCAGUGUAAAGUGGUGCAAUGUCGGAGCCUGGAAGCCCCUCUUCAUGGAAGCAUGGACUGUAUGCACCCAUUUGCUGCCUUUGCCUAUGACUCCAGCUGUAAAUUUGAGUGCCAGCCUGGAUAUCGAGUGAGGGGCUCCAACGUACUCCAUUGCAGUGGCUCUGGUCAGUGGAGUGAACCAUUGCCAACCUGUGAGGCCAUUGCAUGUGAACCACCGAAGAGCCCCAGCCAUGGGACAGUGGACUGCGUCCCAUCUACAGGAGCCUUUGAGUACAACAGCAGCUGUAAUUUUCACUGUACAGAGGGAUUUGUGCUGAAGGGAAAUGAUGUCAUUCAGUGUGCUGACUCGGGGCAGUGGACAGCCCCAGCCCCAGUCUGUGAAGCGUUGAAAUGUCAAGAGUUUCCAGUGCCAAGUAAAGCCCAGAUGAGCUGCUCGGACCCCUUCGGUAGCUUUAAGUACCAGUCAGUCUGCAACUUUUCCUGUGAGGAAGGCUCACUCUUGGUGGGAGCAAGUGUGCUAAGAUGCCUGGCUACUGGACACUGGAGCGGGUCUCCUCCCGAAUGUCGAGCUGUCUCCUGUACCCCUUUGCUCAGCCCUGAGAACGGAUCCAUGACCUGUAUCCAGCCUCUUGGGUAUUCUGCCUACAAAUCCACGUGCCAGUUCAUGUGUGAUGAAGGAUUUUAUCUAUCUGGACCAGAAAGAUUGGAUUGUUCUCCAUCUGGACACUGGACGGGCAUCCCUCCCACAUGUGAAGCCAUCAAGUGUCCAGGACUCUUUGCCCCAGAGCAAGGCAGCCUGGAUUGUUCUCAUGGUCAUGGAGAAUUCGGUGUUGGCUCUAUCUGUCACUUCUCCUGCAAUGAGGACUUUGAGUUACUGGGGUCUAAAAAUGUGGAAUGCACAGUUUCUGGAAGAUGGUCGGCACCUCCACCAACCUGCAAAGGUGUAACAUCACUUCCUAUCCCAGCGGUCCAAUGCCCCGCCCUAACGACUCCUGGGCAGGGCACAAUGUCCUGCCAACACCACCUGAGAAGCUUCGGUCCAAACACCACUUGUUACUUUGGGUGUAAAACUGGAUUUACACUCAGAGGAGCCAACUCGCUCCGCUGCAGGGCUUCAGGACAAUGGACAGCAGUGACCCCCACGUGCACAGCUGUCAAAUGCUCAGAAUUGCACAUGGACACAGCAGUAGCUGUGAACUGUUCCAAUCCCUGGGGAAACUUUAGCUAUGGAUCAACCUGCACCUUCCAGUGCCCAGAGGGGCAGUCACUGAAUGGCUCUGUGAGGGCAACCUGCCGAGAGGACGGCCACUGGUCAGAUGCCAUGCCAACCUGCCAAGCAGGGACACUGACGAUCCAGGAAGCCCUGACUUACUUGGGUGGUGCUGUGGCUUCUACAACAGUCCUGGCAGUGGGCGGGACACUCCUGGCUCUGCUAAGAAAGCGUCUCAGAAAGAAAAUGGAUGGAAAACGCCCCUUGAGACCUUACAGCUACCUAGGAACAUAUGGAGUCUUCACUAACGCUGCAUAUGACCCAACCCCUUAAGAGACCUGGCCUCCCGAUGUCUCAUCCAAUCUCUCAGGAUUCCGAAUGCACAUGUCAAGUUUCCCGUCAGACUUGAUUUUAACUUCACCUCAUUUGCUGGGGUUCUCUGUAAAUCAUCGGACAGGAACCAAGGGAAAGAAC